AUGAAUACUGGAAGAGCUUCAUCCUCUGCGGAUCAAAAUAGAUACAUCAAUUUUGUCAGAUGUUUAGCUUCACACGAAGAAACUGCAAACUGCACAGUAGGACUAGACUUAAAUGAAGUAUUGACUUUCAACUUCAUCACCAGUGAAGAAUCAAAAACUACUGCUGUUUUCUUUAGGUGCUAUAAGAGACAUGCUAAUACUAUUCUAACUUGCCAUGUCUUCAAUGACCAGAGAGGAACCAUUCUUGAACCCGUUCCAUUAUUCCAUGUUAUCGAUGGACAUCCAAUGUUUGAUGAGUGUGUGAGACCAAAACCAAUAGAUAAAUAUCCUUUGAUGAGGAAUCUAGAUCCUUCCCUUAAUGAUGACCCAUAA